AUGAUAUGUUUAGAUCUGGGUCUGGGACAUAAACUGAUAAAAUGAUACCCAGGUUAAGCUCUUCCUCAACAGUCUGUAUAUGAUAUAAGAGGAACAGCAGAAACGAGUGAAGAGAUUUGGAAAAUGCAGUGCUGCACAUGUUAUCGGCAGAAAGAGCAGAAACUAAAUAGAUGCAGUUGGUAUAAUAUAAUUCCUGCCAGUCCAUGAUAAAGUGACAGAGGGAAAAACAUUGUGAAAUGGAAUCACCAUGGCAGAAUAUUAUACCUGAUAGUUUAUUGUUGGACAUUUUCUCCUACCUUGAUAUCAAAACCUUAGGCCGUUCAGCUCAAGUCUGUACGACAUGGAGGAGGGUAGUCUAUGAUGAGUUUCUAUGGCAUAAUAUUAUCAAGAGAGUAUGGAAAGUAACAGGCGGGUUGGCACCUGGGAAAUCAUCCUGGUAUGAAGAAGUGAGACGACUGACUGACCAUGUGCCUACUGAAUGCUGCGAGACAUUAGAAAAGCACACCGAUGAAGUUCUUGAUGUGUCUAUAUCUCACAAUGGAGAGUACUUCUGUACUUGCUCCAAAGAUGCUCUUAUCAUUAUGUGGAAACUUGGCAAAGAAACAGAGUUAAUAAAGUCCAUUGAUACAAAUUUAUUAUUGAAAUGGGAGCUGUCACAGUACUCAGCAUUCUCCCCUGAUGAUGCUCUUGUACUAGUGUGUGGAGUGCAACGUUUUCAUGUACCUCAAGAUGAUUGGGACGAUUUUUCAAGAUGGGGAUAUGGAGUAGUGGCAGUAUUAACCGUACCAGAUUUAAAUAUUGUGUGUGUUGCUGAGAUGGCCCCACCCACUAUAUUUGGUGCCUGGCUCAAUGAGAGAGUAUUUCUUACCAGUUUACCUCAAGAACAAUCAGACAAAGUAGAUAUUCAAGCAUAUAAGGUUAGAGAUUGUGAUAUUUUAAAUUGUUAUUUGACACCAGAUUCAAGUAAACAUAAAAAUCCAGAUGGGGAAUACAGUAUUUUUGCAGACAUUCCAUACACCAGAAAUGCAAUACGAUUAUUUACCUUUCAAGGAAACAGACACCAUUUGAUGAACAUGCUUGUUGCUAAUGUACCUGUGAUAAAUAUAGAUUCAACAAUGUCAUGUGAUCAAUCAAGGUCAGGUGAUUUAUCAGGGUCAUGUGACUGUGCUGAGACACCGAAAAAUGAGUUCAUGGACACAGAAUCUAUAAAUAGAACUGGUAUUGUAGAAGGAGCUUUAAGUUUAAAUGUAAAUAGAACAUGUGAUAUUCAUAAUUCCGAAAAUGAUUCUACAGUCUUGCCAGAAUAUAGGAGGACAGAUAUUACCGACAAAUCAGAAUUAUUGUGCCAAAAUGUUAAACAAUAUGUGAUAUUCACUGCUGGUGAACAUACUGUAAUAGCUAUCCAUGAAAUCUCUUCGGAAUCGUGUUCAAAAAUUUUGGAUGAACAUUGCAAUCAGCGUAGGAAGGAAGAUGUUCAUGGUGAUGACAUUGAUAAAAUAGAUCACUCAGUUACACUUAAGGAUUGCUAUAUUACAGGCUUAUGUCUAUCUCAUGAUCAAAGGCACUUGUACUUUAACUUCCGUGAAAUGGAUAAAAAUGCACCAGAAAACAAGGUAGAUAACCCUGAAGAUGAAUUACCAGUAUCAGAAAAGGUGUUUGACAAAGAACUAAAAAUAGGCUGCAUUGACCUUGUGACCUUGGAAAGAGUCAAGGACCGUGAGUUUACAGGUCAUGUAGCUUUUUCAGCAUAUCCUGCCUGGUAUAUAUGUCUGGAUGCUAGUCCUGAUUUUAUAGGAAGUGGUAGCGAAGAUUUGAGAGGGUAUCUAUGGGACAGACAUUAUGGUGUUCCUAUAGGCAGGUUGUUUCACUCAGUCAGCGAUACAGGGAACAACACGCUGUAUGUGAUGUCAUUGUACGAUAGUACUGUCGUCAAUGGUAUAGCUUUCUCACCUGUCGACCAAGAGACUUGUGUUACAGUUUGUGAUGACGGCCUCAUAAAAAUCUGGCGAUCGAAAUACAAAAUUAGGACAGCAUUGUCAGCACGUAAAACUCAUGCUAGGAGAGAAUUGGCCACAAAAAUUAGUGGAUUGAUAGGUAACCUAUGGAGUUGAAUUCCAACUUUAAAUAGGCCUCAUAUGAAUAACAGUUUUGGGAUAAUAUAGUUUGUGUUUAAUUCUAUGCAAUAACGUCACAUUGAAUUGAAGUUUUACAAGCAGUAGUUUGUAAUGACAAAGUGAAUAAUGGAAGAGGUCCCAUAUCAUUCAUUUAUAAUGUAUAGUGAGUAUAGGCACUUUAACAUUAGUGUGCUACUCUGACAUAUGGCUCAAGAUGGCUACAUCAUUUUGACUGGUGAGAAACCUUUCUAGCUAGCUUAUGAAAGAUUGAUGGUUCACCAUGCUACUCCUAUAGCAAUGCCUUGAAUGAUACAUAGAGUAAGAUUUAAGGACUUCCUUUGUCUGUUAUGUUGCUAUUGUCUUUCUGUUAGUAUAACCCCAAUUUUACAAGUUUUGUUGAAACGAUAAAGAUUUUUACUGAAAUAUCUGCAAGUGUGAAAUAUACUGAUGGAUAACUUUGGAACAAUAUUGAUGUCAUUCAUUAAGUUAGAUAUAUGCACAUAGUAUACAGCAUUCUUUAUACAUCUUAUGUAAGAUAUCGUGACAACUUAUAUCUGUGUGUGUAGAUUUGAGUUUAUUUAUGCUUGCCACUGGUUGCCCAAAUGGGCGAAUCAUCAAGGAGAGUAUUAGUCAUUUUAGAUUUUGGAGGAUAAUGCAAGAUACAAAAGGUUGCCCAAAUUCCAGAAGCUUCUAGUUCUUUAGUAUGCCAAGUGUUUAAGCUCUCAUACACAGGACCUUGAUUUAAAAGUGUCAUUCGAAAGACUGUUUUAGUAAUUUUAAUUGUCCGGACUAGGAAAUCCAACGCACAAUGUUGAGAUUACAAGACUAAAGUACAAGCUGAUUGAGCUUGCAACUUCGGUCUACUCAACAGUCUUAUGUAUUCAUAUAAUAUUGUAAAAAAAAGAAUUUACAUAAAAUAGAGGAUAUUUGUUUGUUUCCGUGUAAAAUGUAUUUCACUGAGUGAACAUAAUGUGUAAUAUUUCCAUUAAUGGUUAACUUAAAAUAAAAUUAGUGAUUGCUCGUGGUCACUUGUGAAAUUUUGUUCAAUCUUACAUGUUAUACAUGUAAUAAAAAUAUUAUCUUUUUUAGUGAUUUAUGAUUUAUUAAACUGAUUUUGGCUGCCGUUAUCAGCUAAUAAAUGUUAUCAGCUAAUUUAUGUUAUCAAUUAGUAAUGUUAUCAAUUAUUAUAAUUUAAUGUUAUCAAUUCUUUAGUGUCACAAUAUCUAUGUUGAUAUCUUAUUCUUCAAGAUUUGUAGACUUUUAAUUCAUUUUAACACCAAGUGUACAAGUAUAAAUGUUCUUACAGUAAUCAUGUAUGUAAAUAUAAAGUAACAAAGGAGUUAAUAUAUGCUUAAAUUUUCAUGAUAAUUUGCUAAGUACCAAAAGCUUUUGAAUUUAAUUUGACUUCAGUGAUGUUACAUUUUGAUAAUUUUACUGUAACAUUACCAGGUCAGGAUAUAAUCCACAAUUUAAAGAAAAGCUUGUUUAACCAGAAGAAAAUAUAAUAUUGUUAAUUCACUUAAUAUUUUUAGUGAAAGUUCUCAAUAUGUUCUGACUGAAUAGUGAACAGUGCAGACUGUGACAAAUACAGCAUUAUGUGCCAAGUAAUCUUGGCCUCCCUGGUGGCAUAUGUUAUUUCAGUCGGCGCCGGCAGCCUAAUGGUUAUAUAUGCUGGAACAGUGAUAAAGAAUACAAGCAUGCCUGUGAUAUUCAAAUAUCUUGUAGCUUAUUUUGUCAUGAAUGUACAUGUAUUGAAUAAUAUUCAUGUCAGGAUAUGAUGUUUGUUUUGUUCCAUUUCUUUUUUUUUUAGCUUUUUAUCUUACUGUUAUGUUUUUUUUAUUGGAAUGUUUUAUUAUUCUGCAAUACAGAUUUAUAGCAAUUAUAUAUUUGAAUAUUCUUCUUUUAUAUUAAACUUUAAACUAUGUC